AGGGGGCGGGCAAGGCAGCUGGGUGUAAACAAGUCAAACGAGGUGGACAAGGAAGCUUGCUAAGGCCUUGCACCUCCUCUGCUUGUUUCCUGAGCCCAGUGAGAGCCCAGGAGUGUGGAAUCAGGUGGGGCACAUCACUGUCCCAGCCCCCCGGCACCUCCAAAAUCCUGAGUGGAAAGCUAAGGUGUAAGAUAGCAGUCCAGAUGGCAGGCACAGCAAGACAUGACCGAGAGAUGGCAAUCCAGGCCAGAAGAAAUUUGUCCAAAACCACUGACCCCAUUGAAAAACUUCGUCUGCAAUGUUUAGUGAGGGGAUCUGCAGGCAUCAAAGGACUUGGCAGAGUAUUUCGGGUUAUGGAUGAUGACAACAGCAGGACCCUCGAUUUCAAAGAGUUUAUGAAAGGAUUAAAUGAUUAUUCUAUGAUGAUAGACAAGGAAGAAGCAGAACAGAUUUUCCGGAUAUUUGAUAAGGAUGGCAGUGGAACCAUUGAUUUUGAGGAAUUUCUUAUUACACUGAGACCUCCCAUGUCAAGUGCAAGAAAAGAGAUCGUCAUGCAGGCAUUUAAGAAGUUAGAUAAGACCGGAGAUGGUGUCGUCACAGUUGAAGACUUAAGGGGGGUGUAUAAUGCAAAGCAUCACCCCAAAUACCAAAAUGGAGACUGGACCGAAGAUCAGGUUUUUAGGGCAUUUCUAGAUAAUUUUGAUACACCCUACGACAAAGAUGGGAAGGCAGACGAGGUGAUGGGUUUUAUUUCCCUUGGGCAUGGCUUUGCACUUGAUAGAGCUGAAUGUCAUCCCUUCUUCUGUUGUGUCAUCCUCAGAGGUCACAGCAGAGGAAUUUAUGAACUAUUAUGCAGGAGUCAGUGCUUCAAUAGACACAGAUGUCUAUUUUAUCAUCAUGAUGAAGAAUGCUUGGAAACUCUGAUCAUGCAACUAAAGGACCAAGAUUUUACUUCAAUUCUGAGGUCUUCAGUCCCUUCACCAUAUGAAGAGUGGGGAAAUAGUGUACAAAGGCAUCUGAAAAAAAAAAGAAAAAAAAAAACAAAAGGAGGGUGCGCUGUUUAUUUAUUCACACCUUGAUUCCUUUUCCUUUUCUUUCUCCUUCUCAGGCACCAUUGUGAUUCUCUCUCAGACUGAGGUGCUAUCAGUGUAUCAAACUGAAUGGCUUGCAUAUGGCAGCAUUUGCUCCAUUUAAGGCUGGCAGCCAGCUAAGAGCAAUGUAGGCUUCUAGACUGGACUGGAGCUUGACUGCUGCAGUCUCAGCUCUUACUUAGCCUAGGCUGUGAACAGUUCAAACACUGAAGGCCUGAGUGUUGCUGCUCUGGUCUUGUACAAACUCCACUUCUAUUUUGUGCAGCAGUCAUCUCAGUAAGAGCAAUAACUACUUGCUGUUUCCUAAUAAAGGAUGUGCAAACUCAAUUAUUUUCAUUUUUC